AUGUCCAAGUACGGAACGAUCUCCGCCUCCUCCUCGUCGGCCCCGACGCCCAAGGGCAUCGGAUCCACCGCGCUCGACGUCACCUGCCGCGCUAACGUCCCCGGCUCGUGUGCGUUGCUGGCCAGCAGGUGCCGUCCCUGGCGCGAGCUCGCGGACCCGAGCGCACUCUCCGUCCCGGGGGGUUUCACCGACGCCUACCACCGCGCGCGCGCGAACCUCGCGCACUUCGCCGACAACUACAAGCUCGUCUUCCUCGUCGUCCUCUCGGUGUCCCUUCUAUUAUGGCCGCCCUUCCGCAUGCCCAUCGUCCUCCCUUGCUUCUUCACCAUGCGUUCCAAGGUCUUCCCCGUGCAUUUGGCGCUCACGCUCCUCUUGCUCGUGCUCAUCGGUGCCACGGCGAGCGUUACCGUCGCACUGCCCGUCGGGCUCCUGCUCGUCUUGGUCCACGCCGUGCUGCGCCUCCCCGCCGAUAGCGUCGACGAGGAGGCAGGGCGGGGCUCCGCGGCCGAGCUGCCCUCCACAAACUGCUAG